GGGAGCACAGACUUUUGCAUAACGCAUAAGGCAUAAAGCAUAAAGAAAUAAACCAAUGAGAGUCCUUCAUUUCUAUCCCCACUUCUCAUUCUGCGGAUCUUGCAUAGUGCACAAAACAUGAUGCAUAAAGAGUCGAAAAAUCCGUAAGGACGAACUUUUAUGCGUUAUGCAAACAGAUACGCGUCUAGAUUGUAUAUUAUCAUCUCCAUCAUAUUGUGUUCCAGUUUCUAACCUAUUCUUUUUUUUACAAUACAUGUUGAAAAUGGAUCAUAAGACAUACUGUUUUGAUUCUCAAUAUCAAACUGAAUCUUACUACGGACAGAUGCAAUGUGAUUCUGAAAAUGAACAUAAAAAUGAAAAUUUUUGUGAAAUAGAGAACGAAAUAAAUGAAAACGAAAUAGAUGGAGAUGCUUUACUUAUAGCUUUAGUACAUGACCAUCCCUAUUUAUAUAAUAGAACUGACUUUAAAGAUCAGUUGAAAAAGCUGAAUGCCUGGAGUGAAAUUGCAAUCGUUUUGAACAUGACAGCGGAUGAGUGCCAAUCUAGAUGGACACGCUUACGUGAAAGAUAUACAAGAGAGAAAAAGCAAAGACAAGAAGAGACAACCACUGGAAGUGGAGCCUCAAAAAGGAAAACUUUCGAAUUUUUCAAUAACAUGCAAUUUUUGGAUCCAUUCGUUAAGAAAAGAAGAACAAUGACCAACGUGCAUGCAGUGACCAAAAACUCUCCAUUGACUAAACGGUACAUUUCUUUUCAAAAAAACUUUAGCUCCAAUAACGAAAAAGAAAAUCUCCCUUUGAAUGCAAGUAUCUUGAUUGAGCAGAAUUCUUCAAAAGUUAAUAUAGAAUCAUUAGAACAAAAUCGAUUUAAUUCAAACUCAAGUGGCAGAAAUGAAGUGAACAUAUCUUCUACAGCUACUUUAAGUGAACAGUCUUUUACAGAUAUAAAUUCAGCACAUCUAAGAGACUCAACUUCACUUUUAUACAAAUCAAGCGACGCGGUAGCCUCACCAUACCAGUCUGAUGCUUCUUCAGUCUCAGUAUUAAGUGCCUGUGAUUAUGCGACAAAGAAAGGUUUAAAUAGUAAAAUUAAAUCAAAAGGAAAAUCGCAGCCGGAUGUUGCAAAUGCAAUUUCCAAAGUCACAUCUUUGCUAGAGAAUAAAUACUCUUCACCUGUUUCAACUGUUUCGUCAUCUUUAAAACCGGAAGUAGAAGAAGAUGUGGCUUUCUGUCAAUUAAUACUUUCUUCACUUACAAAGAUGCAGGGGUGUAAAAAGAAAAAAAGAAGGAUAUAUUGCGCAUUAUAUACGAUAUUUAAAAUAAUCGAAGUUCUUAAAAGACUGAUACAAUUCUGAGAACUGCCUUGUGAGAAUUGUCUUGUCAUAUUUCUGUUUUUGAUUUUAAUUUUUUGUUUUGUUCAGAGUUUCAAUAAUAUAAAAUGUAUUAACGUAAAUCUAUUUAAGUUAAUUUAUCAGUUUAAUUUUUAUCUUGUU